AUGACGCAAUUCACACCUUCACUACCUUAUAUGCUUUCAAACCCUUCUUCUUCCAUGAACAAAAACAGUCAAAUACCAACUAAACCAUGGUUCCCAACUUCCAAAGCCUUAUCAACCUUUGGUGACACCAAUUGCAUGGAACAGUUACUUGUUCAUUGCGCUAACGCAAUCGAAACCAACGAUGUAACACUUGCUCAACAAAUCCUUUGGGUUCUCAACAACAUAGCACCGCAAGACGGCGAUUCAAAUCAACGCUUAGCUUAUAGUUUCCUUAGAGCUCUUACACAUCGCGCAGCCAAAACUGGUACCUGCAAAAUGCUAGUAGAACAAGUUUGUUCAACUGCUCAUAACACUCUUACAGUAGAUACGCACAGAUUCUCAGUCAUUGAACUAGCUAAUUUUGUUGAUUUAACACCUUGGCAUCGAUUCGGUUUCGCAGCCGCUAAUGCAGCCAUUCUUGAAGCAACGGAAGGUUUCUCGGUUAUUCAUAUAGUUGAUUUGAGUUCAACUCAUUGCAUGCAGAUUCCAACAUUAAUCGAUGCUAUCGCUAAUCGCCACGAAGUUGCUCCUUUAAUCAAACUCACUGUUUCUGAUCAUGCUUGUAGCACUGAUCAUGAACUUCCACCUAAACUUGAUCUUUCUUAUGAAGAAUUAGGAUCUAAGUUGGUGAAUUUCGCUAGGUCGAGAAAUGUAACAUUGGAAUUCAGAGUAGUUUCUUCAAGUUACACAAAUGGUUUUGCUUCUUUGAUCGAACAUUUGAGAGUUCAACGUUUAGUUUAUUCAGGUGAAGCUUUGGUUAUUAACUGUCACAUGAUGCUUCAUUAUAUUCCAGAUGAAACCCUAUCAAAUUCAAACUCUUAUCUUUAUGACUCUAUAUCUUCUUCUUCUGCUGCGACCACGACGACGACUACUACUACUACUACUAGUACUACUUCUCUAAGAUCGUUGUUUCUUCAGGCGCUUCGAGGUUUAGAUCCAACACUAGUUGUUUUAGUAGAUGAAGAUGUUGAUUUAACUUCAAGCAACUUGGUUACUAGAUUAAGGUCAGCAUUUAACUAUCUAUGGAUACCUUAUGAUACGGUGGACACUUUUCUGCCGCGCGGAAGCAAACAAAGGCAAUGGUAUGAAGGUGAUAUUUGUUGGAAGAUUGAGAAUGUGAUAGCUCAUGAAGGUGUUCAAAGAGUAGAGAGAGUUGAGCCUAUAGGAAAAUGGGAACAAAGAAUGAGAAAUGCGAAUUUUCAAGGGAUUGGAUUUGGUGAGGAAUGUGUUGGUGAAGUCAAAGCUAUGCUUGAUGAACAUGCUGCUGGAUGGGGAUUGAAGAAAGAAGAUGAAUGUAUUGUGCUUACAUGGAAAGGUCAUAAUGUUGUCUUUGCUUCUGCUUGGUUGAAUGCUUAA